CUAAAAUCCCUCGGACAAAAACGUAAAAGAAGAGGUAGAAAAUACAGAGAAGACUCCCAUGGCAGCCGAGGGUUCCGGCGGCGGCGGCGGCGGCCGGAAAACGUCAUCUCCGCACAAGACAAAAGAGCGUGGAGCGGCGAAAUUCCUAGCCGGCUUGCCAUCGCACGGCAACUUCUCCUCCAGCCCCAUUUCUUCCAAUCUGGGGGGCCUCAGGGUUUACGUCUGCGAGCAUGACACAGAUCCUCCAGCGGGGCAAGUGAUAGAGACGGAUACAACAAAUAUUUUAAUAAGACAUCUCCAGCUGAAGAAAAAGGAGAGUGAGGCCAAAGAUUCUAGGACUCCAGGGGAAAACGGCAAGGGAAAAAGAUCUGCCGCUAGAAGUUUGGAUGGGCAACAUUCUUCAAAGAAGCCAAACUUAAGUACUUCUGGACUGCCUUCCUCUGAAGAAGCAAUAUCUGGCUUUUCACAGCACACUCUGCAGUCCUUCACAGUGGAGCGGUUGCGUGCACUUCUCCGACAAAGAGGUCUCCCAACCAAAGGGAAAAAGGAUGAACUGAUCACUCGCUUAAGAGAGACGCAGAGUUGAUAUCAAGUUGCCUGCUGGCAGGCAAUACUUAAUGCUUGUGAUAUUUGUCGAGAGCUGAAUGACUAUCAGGCUGUGCUUAUGUAUCUAUAGUUUUGUGACGUCAGGUGAUGUAAUGAUUUACCUAAUUUCAGCCUUGAGGGCGUGUCAGAAAUUUAUGUGUUGUAGUGAAUUUUAUUACUUCGAGCUUGUCAGAAUUCUCAGCGCCAUCUUAAA